CCCACCGGGCUGUGGCUAUGGAACUCAGCACGGAGUACCUCCGCGAGAAGCUGCGGCGGGACCUGGAGGCAGAGCAUGUGGAGGUGGAGGACACGACUCUCAACCGUUGCGCGACCAGCUUUCGAGUCCUGGUGGUGUCCGCUAAGUUCGAGGGAAAGCCAUUGCUCCAGAGACACCGGUUGGUGAAUGAAUGCCUAGCUGAAGAGCUCCCGCACAUCCAUGCCUUUGAGCAGAAAACUCUGACCCCAGAGCAGUGGACCCGAGAGUGGCUGAAAUGAGGGACCCGGGCCUGAACAGCCAUUAAAUUGUA